UUAGUCUCGGUGUCCCACCACCGCCUGCGCCUCCUCGCCCUUGGGUUGCUUCGUCUCGCCGCGCCGCGCCGGAGCGACGGGUUCCGGCGGGACUCCGGCGGGGAAGUAGAAGGAGGCGGAGCGGGGGAGGGGCGGGGUGGAAAUGGGGAGCGGCGGACGGGGGGAGGGGCACGUCGUCGUCGUCGUCGUCGCUGCCGCUGUUGCUGCUGCUGCUGUUGUUGCGUCCCUCUAGGGUUAGGUAGGGGCGUGGUAGCUUUCUCCCCCAUUUUUUUUUUUCUUCUCUUGGUUCUUGUUCUUGUUGCUGCUGUUCUUCCCCUCUCUCUCGCGCGCGCUCCACCUCCGGCCCGUCGCGUCUUGGGGGGGCUCCUCCUCGCCGGUGGCGUCGUCGCAUUGGGGGUGCUGCGGCGUGGGGGUGCGUGAUCCGGGCCGUCUUCCAGCUCGGCGAGGGUGGGGGGAUGGGGGCAUCUGCUGCUCCGACUGGUGCUGCGGCCGCUCUGGAAUUGGUGUCGGGCUUUUGGUUUUGAAGGAGGAGGUGACCGCUGGCGCCGAUCUGGAUGCCAUCUCAGGUCAUGGAUCAGAGGCAUCACCUGUCCCAGUACAGCCACCCCACCUUGGCUGCAUCAUCCUUCUCGGAGGAGCUUCGUCUCCCCACAGAGAGGCAAGUUGGAUUUUGGAAGCCAGAGUCGUUACAUCAUCACAUGGGAAGCAAGUCAGUUGCAUCUUCACCAAUUGAAAAACCUCAACCUAUUGGGACAAAGACAGCUGGUCCAUAUAAGCUAAGAGAUCAGGGAGCUGCAUUUAGCCUUGAGCACAAGCUGUUCGGUCAAGAUAGGCAUGUUAACUUGCCACCAUCUCCUUGGAGACCUGAUCAAGAACCUGGCCGCCAAACUGACUCAUCUUUGAAGUCGGCAGCUUUAUUUUCUGAUGGGAGGAUUAAUCCAAACGGGGCCUACAACGAGAAUGGGCUUUUCUCAAGUUCCGUAUCUGAUAUCUUUGACAAGAAAUUGAGAUUAACAUCCAAGAAUGGUCUUGUUGGUCAGUCAAUUGAAAAGGCUGACCUAAAUCAUGUUGAUGAUGAGCCCUUCGAGUUGACGGAGGAAAUUGAGGCCCAAAUAAUUGGAAAUCUGCUUCCUGAUGAUGAUGACCUGUUAUCAGGUGUUCUUGAUGAAGUUGGUUAUGCAACCAACGCUAACAAUCGGGAUGAUGCUGAUGAUGAUAUAUUCUACAGUGGAGGUGGGAUGGAGCUAGAAACUGAUGAAAAUAAAAAACUGCAAGAAUUUAAUGGCAGUGCUAACGAUGGACUGGGUUUGUUAAAUGGUGAACAUCCAUAUCGAGAACAGCCUUCGAGAACUCUCUUUGUUCGAAACAUUAACAGCAACGUUGAGGACUCUGAAUUGAAGCUCCUAUUUGAGCAUUUUGGAGAUAUCCGUGCCCUUUACACUGCCUGUAAACAUCGUGGUUUUGUGAUGAUAUCUUACUAUGAUAUAAGGUCAGCACUAAAUGCCAAGAUGGAACUUCAAAACAAGCCACUGAGACGUAGGAAACUUGACAUACAUUAUUCCAUUCCGAAGGACAAUCCUUCGGAGAAAGAUAUUAACCAGGGUACUAUUGUGCUUUUUAACGUUGAUCUAUCUUUAACAAAUGAUGAUCUACAUAAGAUUUUUGGUGACUACGGUGAAAUAAAGGAGAUUCGCGAUACUCCACAGAAGGGUCAUCACAAAAUAAUAGAAUUUUAUGAUGUCAGAGCAGCUGAAUCUGCACUUCGUGCAUUAAAUAGGAAUGAUAUUGCAGGCAAGAAAAUCAAAUUGGAAACCAGCCGUCUGGGUGCUACUAGGCGCUUGUCGCAGCAUAUGUCUUCAGAGUUGUGUCAGGAGGAGUUUGGUUCAUGCAAACUAGGGAGUCCAAGCACAAGUAGCCCUCCAAUUCCAUCGUUUGGUUCUACUAAUUUGGCAACAAUCACUUCAACUGGUCAUGAAAAUGGAAAUAUCCAGGGUAUGCAUUCUGGACUUCAGACAUCAAUAAGCCAGUUCAGAGAAACAUCUUAUCCAGGCCUAUCUUCUACCAUUCCACAAAGUUUAUCCACUCCAAUUGGAAUUUCAUCUGCUGCAACUCAUAGUAACCAGGCUUCCCUUGGUGAGAUCAGCCAAUCUCUUGGUCGGAUGAAUGGGCAUAUGAAUUAUAGUUUUCAGGGCAUGAGUGCUCUCCACCCUCAUUCUCUGCCUGAAGUCCACAACGGAGCGAAUAAUGGUACCCCUUACAAUGUAAACAACAUGGCACAAGUUGUCAAUGGAAGCAACUCAAGAACAUCCGAGGCUGUGGAUGGUAGACAUCUCCAUAAAGUGGGUUCUGGUAACCUCAAUGGACAUUCAUUUGAUCGUGCGGAAGGAGCUCUUGGGUUUUCAAGAAGUGGAAGUUGUUCUGUCCGCGGUCACCAGUUAAUGUGGAAUAAUUCAAAUAACUUCCAUCAUCAUCCAAAUUCUCCUGUUCUAUGGACAAGCCCAGGAUCAUUUGUAAACAAUGUUCCAUCUCGCUCCCCUGCACAAAUGCAUGGAGUACCAAGAGCACCAUCAUCGCACAUGAUUGAGAACGUGCUUCCCAUGCACCAUCACCAUGUGGGAUCGGCACCAGCGAUCAACCCAUCACUUUGGGAUAGGCGUCAUGGCUAUGCAGGGGAAUUGACAGAAGCACCAAAUUUCCAUCCUGGUAGUGUGGGAAGCAUGGGGUUUCCUGGUAGUCCUCAGCUUCACACCUUGGAGCUUAAUAACAUAUACUCUCAAACUGGAGGGAAUUGCAUGGACCCAACUGUGUCUCCUGCACAGAUUGGUGGCCCAUCUCCUCAGCAGAGGGGUCCAAUGUUCCAUGGAAGGAAUCCUAUGGUUCCCCUUCCAUCCUUCGAUUCACCUGGUGAACGGAUGAGGAGCCGAAGAAAUGAUUCAAAUGCUAAUCAGUCUGAUAAUAAAAAGCAGUAUGAGCUUGACAUUGACCGCAUUGUUCGUUGUGACGACUCCCGGACUACGCUGAUGAUAAAGAAUAUCCCCAACAAGUACACCUCAAAGAUGCUUCUAGCUGCAAUCGAUGAAAAUCAUAAAGGGACUUAUGAUUUUAUUUACCUGCCAAUUGACUUCAAGAAUAAAUGCAAUGUAGGCUACGCUUUCAUCAAUAUGACCAAUCCUCAGCAUAUCAUUCCAUUUUAUCAGACAUUCAAUGGCAAAAAGUGGGAAAAGUUUAAUAGUGAGAAAGUGGCAUCACUUGCUUAUGCCAGAAUCCAAGGAAAAUCAGCUCUGAUUGCUCACUUCCAGAACUCCAGUUUGAUGAAUGAGGACAAGCGAUGCCGUCCUAUACUCUUCCACUCAGAUGGUCCUAAUGCAGGAGAUCAGGAACCAUUUCCUAUGGGUGCAAACAUCCGAGCCAGAUCAGGGAGGUCUCGAGCUUCCUCUGGCGAAGAAAGUCACCAGGACAUCUCAAUCACCUCGGGUAAUUGUGACACUUCUUCCAAUGGAGUUGAUAUUACAGGGCCUACCAAGGACUCUGAGUAACACAACUACCCUGGAUCACUAACCCCCUCAAAAGCCCAAAUCAUAACUUUUGCAACGUGAUUUCCGUUUCCCAGUUUCCGCCCUACUUUGUUUUUCCUUUUUUUGGUAUGACCCCCAAUCUGUAUUUAUUAACUUCCAAGAUGUGGGUUACCGAAGACUCGGGUAGAUUGCUGCAACAUUUUGUCCCUGAUGGAAACAUGGAUAGACAGAGAGGGUGCUUGCAGUUUCCCCUGAACCUACCAUUAUCGUAUUAACCCGAAGGCCGAGAAAGGUGAAAGGCGCAGCGGGAGCUUCCAGAUUUUGGUCACUUUUUAAGAAUGCAUUAACCCCGUGUUGUAUAGCAGUUUGCAGUAACUGUGCUGAGGGGAGAGAGAGAGAGCAAGGAAGAGACAAUUUACAUCAGUUUUUAGUGGUGGUGUGGAGAGGAAGUCUUUCCCUGCAUUUUCUUUUGGAACCUUUUUUCUGGCGUCUUCGUCUAUUAUGUUCCAUUCUGAGUUGGAGAGGGCUCCUCUUUGAAGUUGUGUGCAGAGGAGUUCCAAUUUUGUCUUCAGGGAACCUUGACCGUAUCUAUCGACCAUCCUAUGUAAAUCUACAUCUCUAUAGUAUUUGUGUGCCCUCUGUUGUAUGGCCCUCCUGAU